AGUAGGACUACUGCACUGGGCUGCACUGUUCCGUACUGUGCUGCACCCACACCAGAGACCAGAGCUGUCGUCCUGGAUGCCCAACGACGCAUGUGGCGCUUCUUUUCUUCCGCACUUUGUCUAGAUCCACCGCGUCCAGAGAAGUUUUCUCGAGAGGAACCAUCACUCUUGCCAAGACCAAGAACAUUCAGCACCUACACAUCUCUCGACGUCCUACAUAGAAAGCCAUCCUUCUACCGCCGCUCUCCUUGCCCAGGCCGAGAUAACCCCGUCGAUAGCCACCACUAUAUCAUACACUGCCCAGAAAGAGAGAGUCGCUGUAACCACUGUUCGACAUCGGACCGGUACGCGUUCUGUGAGACGGAUCACAGACAACAAAGUCGGGUUCCUGGGCACAUCGCCGCCAUCCAGCCCUCCACAGCGUCCGUUCAGGACGUUGCCAACUCCCCUCCCCUCAUUGCGGCUGGCGAAAGCCAGCGUGUCGCGUACUCCCCGCAGUGUCACAGCUAUAGGUCUGGCCAUCGGAUCAGUGAGACAACUCGACGCUCCACCGAGUGAUUUCCGAUUGACUGCCGGUCUUCGUCAGCCUUGCACGGACAAGGGAAGCGGAGAUGGUGAACGUCGAAAUCCCGACCAAUUAUACCAAUUCGCCGUCCUC